AUGUCUCCUCUUCCGACCUUUCGAAAGCUCGUCCAUGUUUCCGAUGCUCAUGAAGGGCCAGUCAACUGCCUACAGUUCUCUCCAGAGGGGAAGUUCCUAGCCAGUGGAGGCGACGAUGGCUGCGUAUGCGUUUUCACGGAGGCAAAGUGGAGGCGCUUCAAUACCAAGCAGAACCAGGUAACGACCGUGGCGUGGUUCAGGGAUACACAGGGUGGGAACAAGCUGUUCCUCCUAACUGGCGGCGUGGAUGGCACCGUGAAACUCUGGAAAGGGACAAAGGAGCUCACCUUCUCCCUUCAUGCAAUGAAGACCGUUCUGAUGGACCAUGCCAUUGAGGGGAUGGCGUUAUUCGACUCGACGCUGGCCGUGGUAGGUCGCGGCGGCCUAUAUCUCUACGACAUCAAAUCCGACGCUGCAGUCGGCGAAAGAAUUCAUCCCGUUCAUGUUGGACUCGAGAAGAUGUCGGAGGAAGGGGGCAUCAUGCGAGCCGUUUGCUUUUUCAAUGGCGGGACGUCCGUUAUGGUGGGAUGUCUGGACUCAAAGGCGAUAAUCGCGUGGGAGAUACGGACUAAGAAGCGCCUGUGGAGAGAGAAGAUCCAUACCAGGAUUGGGAACAUGGCAUGGUCUGAGGACCUCCGCCUCCUCUGUAUUUGGAACCUGACAGAUGGAAUGGACCUGUACAAGCUGGAAGACGCGGCCGCAGCCAGACCCUUGUACCAGAGGAGGAUCCCCGUCGCCAUCCAUCGAAACCUUCCCUUUCAAGUGACUUUCUUGUCCCGAUACGGGCUUGCUUGCGGAUCCGACACAGGAGAGGCAUUCAUCUGGGACUGCGGCGAUGAAGCUAAAGUGCUCCAGCAGUUGACUCACACCAGCACUGGAUCCCUGGUUGUCCAAGCCAUAGCACAUGGCCAAAGCACAAAGAAUGGGCGUCACCUCCUUGCGACAGGGAGUGCUGAUAUCGGGAAGAGAGGGGCAAUCGUUGUGUGGACCACUGAGAAGGGGAAGUGGCGAUUCCCCUGGAAAUUCGCGCUUUUCGUAAUGCUAGCCUUGCUUGGAGGGUUGGGCUCCCUCAUCGGGCUUCAGUAUCGCAAGGAGCUCGAACGGUCGCGCUUGGCUGAAGAGAGACUCAACGAGUUGAAGAUGUUCAUCUCGAGAUCCAACGAGAUCACGGAGAGAAUCAGAGCCCAUGCCCAAGCCUUGGAGAGUUCAAAACUCAAGCUCGACGAGCUAGAGCUCAAACGUGAGCUUGACGGCAAGGAGCCUCAGCCUGAGGACUUGGAGACACUGAACGUCGUCGACCACGGCCUCCUCGGGGAUGUGGAGACCAUCGUCGGCCCCAUGUCUGGACAACUGGAGUCAAGUGCUGCGGCAGAGGGGGGAGUGCCCCAUGCCCCUGUCGACCCGACUCCAUCGGAGGCCCAUGCCCCUGUCGACCCGACUCCAUCGAAGGCCAGCGAGGAAGACGAAGCCGUACCUGAUCAGGAGAGCGUGCCCAACGACGUUGAAGGCGAGGGAUUGGAUGAACUCUUGAGUCGCGCAUGGAAGCGGCUCUCUCUCUACAUUCCCAUGUUUCCGUGA